GGCAUGUGGGGCUACACACGAAAAAGACGCUAAGGUAUGGUUGGGUCGAGAAGCUGCCAAAAGGGGAAAUGUAGAUUACUUUUAUGCAGGGUCUAUCCUGCGAUCUGGUACCUCUCGGACCCACACACACAGCCUUUAUGUGAUUGGCGAUUCAGGGAGCGUUGAUUUCAAAUAUUCAUUUCAUUCAAUAAUUUUAAUUCUUGUAACCAUCUUGAUCGAUGUAGAAGGAAUUCUUGGAAGCAUCUUGAUCGAGGUAGAAGGAACGAUUAUAGGAAGGAUAUGGGAUUCCUCCGAGUAUUACAGCAAAUAUCUACAAAUUCAUUCGCACAAUGCCGCCUAGAGCGGUAGUAUCGCCACCGCGACGGAUCACCCGGUCCUCGCUUGCGCGUUUCCGGCACGGCGACAACAACAGCUCUAGUAGCAAAGAGAACUCGACUCCUCCUCCCUAUACUGCUGCUGCUGCUGCUGCCGCCGUAGAUAUCGAAGACGUGAUCCCAAGCAGCACACGAAAGCGAAAGCGAACCGUCACCCUCGUCAAAAAAGAAGAAGAAGAAAAGCUGCUCGUCGACUUAAAGGAGAAUGUCACAUCCACGAGCACCCAGAAACCCCGACGAGAGCGAAAACCCGCCCGGAAAGCCAUCGACGCCGCCACAGGCGAGACCAAAGUAACCGCCCCCUCCGACUGGGAGCAGAUGUACGACGCCGUGAAAGCGAUGCGCCUCGACGGCGGGCCCGCCUCCAACGCCGCCGUCGACACAAUGGGGUGCGAGCGCCUCGCCGACCCCACCGCCACCCCGCGCGAUCGCCGCUACCAGACGCUCGUCGCGCUCAUGCUCUCCUCGCAGACCAAAGACACCACCAACGCCGUCGUCAUGCGGCGUCUGCAGACCGAGCUCCCGCCCCACUGCCCCGGGGCCCCCGCCGGCCUCAACCUCGAGAACAUGCUCGCCGUGGACCCGGAAACGCUGAACCAGAUGAUCUGGGCCGUCGGGUUCCACAACAACAAGACGAAGUACCUGCAGCAGGCGGCGGCGAUCCUAAGAGAUCAGUGGGACGGCGACAUCCCCGACACGAUCGCGGGGCUUGUGGCGCUUCCCGGCGUGGGGCCCAAGAUGGCGCACCUGUGCAUGUCGGUCGCGUGGAACCGGACGGAGGGGAUCGGCGUCGACGUGCAUGUUCACCGCAUCACGAACCUCUGGGGCUGGCACGCGACCAAGGGUCCCGAGGAGACGCGCCUCGCGCUGCAGAGCUGGCUGCCCCGCGACCGCUGGCGCGAGAUCAACUGGCUGCUUGUGGGCUUUGGGCAGACUGUCUGUCUUCCCGUGGGGCGGAGGUGCGGCGAUUGUGAGUUAGGCUUGCGGGGGCUGUGCAGGGCGGCGGAGCGGAAGAAGGUGCUGGAGGGGCGGAAGGUGUGGGGUGCGAUGGCUACUACUACUACUACUACUACUACCGCCACUGCGGUUAAGGUACCCGGGAAGACCGAUGAAGAUGAUGAUGAUGAUAAGGCGCUAGUAAAAGUCAAAGUCAAAGAAGAAGAGCAUGUGGAGGAGAUGGAAAAGAUUGAAAGGGACGUGGUUGUGAACAAGAGCAUAAAGAAAGAGGAGGAUGAGGAAGAGGAGAAGAAGGAGCCCGGGACUGCGGAUACGCUCGAUGUCGAUGAUGAAGAAAGGCCGGAGAGUGCUCCGGGACAAAGAGAGGUACCGGCUAAGAAACCGCGGAGGUCGUCAAAGAGGGGGGUAUGAGCAGUGAGCACGUGGGGAGGACAAAGGAAGGGCUAAUUUAUGGGUUUAAAGAUGGGUUAGGUUGGUAGAUAAUACUUAAUGCACGUAUCGAGAUUCAUUUAAUCACGUAAUAAUAGAGAGACGAGAGCAUUAGGUUGAUUUGCUUAAA